UCUAGGGUGUGACUGGGAGAGCUGAGUUCACUUCCACACACUAGCCUGUGUCUGGUUCUCCAUUGCUUCCUGCACACCGAUUGAUCAGCAGCAUCUCUCUGCUAGCCAGAGGAGGAAACAGCAGGUUAUCCUUUGAAACCUACAUUACACCAGCAGCAAAAUGGCAAAGGCAACAAGAGGAACCAUAAAGGAUUUCCAGUGCUUUAAAGCAAACGAUGAUGCAGAAGCUCUCCGCAAAGUAAUGAAGGGUUUAGGUACUGAUGAGGACCCUAUUAUGAAGAUUCUUACAUCCAGAAGCAAUGCUCAGCGUCAGCAAGUUGCCGUAGCAUUUAAGACUUUAUUUGGCAGGGAUCUUGUUGAUGAUCUCAAGUCUGCACUUACGGGUAAACUUGAGAAGAUGAUUGUUGCACUAAUGACGCCCUCAAACAUGUAUGAUGCUCAUGAACUUAGACAUGCAAUAAAGGGUGCUGGCACUAAGGACGAUGUGCUCAUUGAAAUUCUUGCUUCAAGAUCUACGAGUGAAAUGAAUCUCACCAAAAAAGUCUUCAAAGAAGAACACGGAAGUGAGCUGGAAGAUGGCAUAAUUGGAGGUACAUCUGGAUAUUUCCAGCGGAUGUUGGUAGUUCUUGUCCAAGCUAAUAGGGAUCCAGACUCUAAGGUUAAUGAUGCUCUUGUUGAGCAGGAUGCCCAGGAUUUAUUUAAAGCCAGAGAAGUGAAGCGGGGCACAGAUGAAGAGAAGUUCAUUACUAUUUUGGGAACUCGCAGCAAUGCCCAUUUAAGAAAAGUGUUUGAUAAAUACAUGACCAUCUCUGGCUACCAGAUUGAAGAGAGCAUUGAUCGGGAGACCUCGGGUCACCUUGAGAAGUUGUUGCUUGCCACAGUGAAGAGUGUUCGCAGCGUCCCUAGAUAUUUUGCUGAAACUCUGGACCGAGCAAUGAAAUUUGGUGAAAAAAGAGAAGACUCUGAGAAUUCUGUGCCUGCCCCAUUGCUGAUUUACACCUCCGGUGCCUUAUCUGAUGGUGUCCAUGUUGGAUCUGUAAAGGAAGCAUUCUCUGCAGCCAACACUGCGCCAUUGGUUAUCACCUGUUCUCCAGUCUUUCACACUGCCUGCCUUCAGUGUCCUGCUCACCAUCGGCUGCCUACAUUCUUCAACAGCUCCUGCUGUGUGGAUGUGGGAUGCCCAGCUCUUAGGAGUAAGAGCAAGUUUUUGUUCCCGGCCUAUGAGGACAAGGCCAUUUUCAAGUAG